GAGAGAAAAGGUUGAGAAAAGAGCAUAGAAAAUGGGAAAGUUGAAGUCAAGUGUCAUUUCUUCAAAUCUGGUUGACCGUGGUAUUCUACUUUUCCUACUUCUUUUAUCAUACUAUUCUAUUGAACCAGCCUCUUGUGCCUCCAGAGUGAAGUUCCUUCCAGGAUUCGAGGGACCCCUUCCUUUUGUUCUUGAAACUGGGUAUGUGGGAGUGGGAGAAUCAGAGGAUGUGCAGACAUUUUACUACUUCAUUGAGUCAGAUAACAACCCCAAGGAAGAUCCUCUCCUGCUUUGGCUAUCCGGUGGCCCUGGUUGCUCAGGCCUAAGUGCCCUUUUUCUUGAAAUAGGUCCACUUGCAUUAAAACAGGAGGAGUACAAUGGAGGUCCACCCAACUUGAUCUUCAGGAAUCAAUCAUGGAACAAGGUUAGUAACAUUAUAUAUGUAGACUUGCCUGUUUUCACAGGCUUUACUUAUGCCACAACAGAACUUGCUGCUCAAACUAGUGGAACGUUGUUAGCUCGUCAAGCCCAUCAAUUUCUGAGGAAGUGGUUAAUUGGUCAUCCAAAAUUUGUGUCAAACGAAGUUUACAUUGCUGGUGAUUCAUAUUCUGGCAUUCCCGUUCCAGCAAUUGUUCAAGAAAUUGCACAAGGUAAUGAAAAAGGGUUUCCAAGGAUAAAUAUCCAGGGGUACCUUUUGGGGAAUCCGAUGACAACUAGAAGGGACGGAAACUAUGCAAUCCCUUUUGCUCAUGGAAUGGCACUUAUUUCUGAUGAACUAUUUGAGUCUCUACAAAAAAAUUGUAAAGGAAACUACGUCGAUGUGGACUCCGAAAAUGUAUUAUGCUAUAAAGAUAUGGACUCAUUCCAUAAGCUUGUAUCAGGACUUUCUCAUUACAAUAUUUUGGAACCGUUGUGUGAGUUCGAUCAUUCUACACCUCCUUUGAGAAGAUCCCUAAUUGAGAAAUUUCCUGGCAAGCAUUUCUUGAAAACUGAUCUCAAAUUGCCAGACGUAACAUGUCCGACUUAUACAUCAUUCCUAUCUGCUUAUUGGGCAAAUGAUGAUAAUGUUCGAACUGCACUUAAUGUUCGCAAGGGAAGUAUAGGAACAUGGAUUCGUUGUAAUCAUGAUGAAGGUUUCAAGUCCGAUAUUUCAAGCAGCAUUGAAUACCACGCAAAUCUUAGUAGAAAAGGCUAUCGUUCAUUAAUAUACAGUGGCGAUCAUGACAUGGUGGUUCCUUUCUUGGGAACUCAAGAAUGGAUAAGAUCUUUAAACUACUCUAUUGUUGAUGAUUGGAGGCCAUGGAAUUCAAAUGGACAAGUUGGAGGAUACACAAGGACUUACUCUAAUCAAAUGACAUUUGCAACUGUGAAGGGUGCGGGACACACAGCUCCGAUGUACAAAUCGAAAGAAUGUUUUGACAUGUUCAGCAGAUGGAUAUCUAAGAGGGCUUUGUAGGAAAAUAAAACGAACACCAUUUACUAUCCUGCCAAGGACCGAAUUUAGUUGUUUCGUAAUAAAUGUGUUUUUAUGAACCCAAAUAUAGUAUUAUACCUUCUAAAUUUAAAAGGGGGGACUAAUUAAGUAACUCUGUAAUGUUUUAAUUUUGAAUAGUCGUUU